AGCGGGGCUACGUUGAGCAAAGCAGCGAGCGAGGGACAAGCAGAGGGAGGAGAGACGGAAACAAGGGGGGUGUUGCUACUGUUGCGACUGCUUCUCCUGUCAGUUGGCCGCUGCCUGCCUCACGAGCAGGAGGGGAUGCAGGAGGUGCAGACAGGCGGGACGGCCAGUGAGCGCUGCGUUUUGUUCCGGCAGCUCCAUUGUCACAUGUGAGCUGCUGUUGGAGGAGGUGAAUUUAGAGCCUGGACAAAGAUCCGCACAGCCACGGAUUGUAAGAUGUGAGUCAACCGAACUGCCGCUGAUACGUUUGUCAUUUUCAACGAAAGGGAAUCUGGCUUGUCCGGUGUGCUUCCAUAGAGACAGCAAACCAUUCUCAUUCUCCCGUCUUUCCCACCAUUUAUUUCGGUCUGCCUGUGUGUAUAUCCGAGCAUGCCCCUGUUGUUUGGCUCUCUGCGGGAGGGAUUCUGGAGGCUAAUGUGGCUAAUAUUAGCAUGACAGCAAAGCCAAGGGAGCUGGACCUCAGGACUUCUGGCAAGGAUUCUUCAUCCCAGUCCAUGGCCUCAAGGAAGCCCCCGGUCAAGCCAUCUGCUCUGCCCCAGGGACCUCCACGUCCCUCCAGGUCAGAGCUGAAGGUCUACCGGCCAACGACUGGAUCCAUCCCGAUUCCGGUCUCAAAUCCAUCCAAGCUACGAAAGCAGCGAUCACUUAGCAACUUGGCUGUGCUCACUGAUGCUGAGAAAAAGUUGCACCUGUACCAGACUCCCAGGUGGAAUGAUGAUUCUGGCCAGCCUGGUGCUGGCACCAACACAGGAGGGCAAACCAAGACGGGUCAGGCUGUAAGUGGUAAAACGUCACUUUCCAGAACACUUUCAAAGUCAGAACAGUCCCUCUUCCAAGGGAAGCCCAAACCGUUCAGUUCCCAAGGGGUGACAUCAAGUUUGGGCAAGGUGAGCCGAAUCCCAGCCCCUGGAAAACCACGGGGACCUUUUGCCGAGGUCAAGCCCAUUAGCAAGAGCUCUGACGCACACCAGAGUCCAGGACCAGACCUUGAUGAUGCCCCAGUUAAGGCUAAUGGAGCUGGCGGGACUGGCGAUAAUGACGCAAAACUUGGGGAGAAGGGAAGAUGUGAGAACAUUAAAGACGGGAAGGUGGUAGAAGGACAAGACGAUAAGGCUUUUUUGAAGGUGGACCCUGAAUUAGUGGUGACAGUUCUGGGGGACUUGGAGCAGCUGCUGUUCAGCCAAAUGCUCGACCCAGAAUCCCAGAGGAAGAAGACGGUCCAAAAUGUUUUGGACCUGCGACAGAACCUGGAGGAAACCAUGACCAGCCUGAGAGGGGUGCAGCUGAACCACAGCUGUUUGGCGGGGACCGUGUGCUACGACAGUGAUGAAGCUGCUGCGUUUUCCAUUUCCAGUCAGUCCAAUCGCUCGUCUCCGCUGUCGUGGCGCCACGGUCAAGCGAGCCCACGUCUCCAGGCGGGCGACGCGCCAUCUACGGUCAAUGGCCAAUCCGACCUCGCCCUCCGGCUCAGUCACGCCUCCCGCAUCCGCCUCAUCGAAGAUCUGGACGACUCGGAUCCGUCCCUGCUGAAAGGAGAUUACCUGAGCGACAGUGACCUCGGUGGGAAAAGCGCCAAUGAGGACGAUGAAGAUGAUGUGGACAUUGAUGAGCUGAGGAACGGCUGGGACGAGAGCAGCUCCAUCAGCAGCGGCCUGAGCGACGCCUCCGACAACCUCAGCUCGGAGGAGUUCGUCACAAGCCCCGCCCUCAACUCGCUUCCCUCCACUCCCAUUGGCUCCCGCAGGAACUCAGCCAUUGUGAUGCGCACAGAUGCCGAGAAAAGAUCUCUGGUGGAAAGUGGACUGUCGUGGGACAGUGACAAUACCAAAGCCGGCCGUAAGAGUCUGGGCAGCGACGCCUACGACACGGGAAGCCUCAAGUCCGAAUCGGCCAAUAAGUGGAAAAAAGCGAGGGCGCGGGUGGAAGGUCACGAAGGAGGAAAGGGUGAACUGAAAAAACCACAAACGCUGGGCCACGGGAACGCGUUAAAGAGGGGAAGAAACCCACCGGUGGCAGUCGCCUCCCCUAUCACGCACACGCCUCAGAGUGGGCUGAAAAUGGCAGGUACAGUGAAGACAGAUGGGAAGCCGUCAGAUAAAUCUCGAUUAGCGGUGAAAAACUCCAGUCUUCAACGCUCUUCGUCCGAUGCCGGGAAAGAUCAGCGGAAUGGGACCGGUUCUUGCGAGCAACGUAAACCUCCAUCAGGUCUCGCCAGGCCAUCGACCGGAGGCAACUUUGGUUUCAAAAAGCCCACGUCCAAUAACAGCAGUUCAGCCACUGUGAGCGCAGGUGGCAACAUUCCCAAGACAUCUGGCAUUCCUGUCAAACCGGCUGCAGGUGGACGUAAGACGAGUCUGGAUGUCUCGAACGGUGACCAGAGCGGAUUUUUGUCUCCGAAUGCCAGGACGGCCCUCCAGUACCGCUCUUUGCCCCGCCCGGCCAAGACGAGUACCUUGACUCUAACCCGGCCCAGCUCGGCACGUCCGCUGAGCGGCACCGCGGACGCGGGUUCCGGGCCGAGCAAGCCCUCUGGUACGGCCCUCCAGGGCCCGAGGCUCAAAGAGCAGGCCGGAUUCGGUUCUGGAACGGGAGGACUGAGUAAAACGGCCGGUCGGGGGAUCCCGAGUCCUGUCAAUCAAACAGACAGAGAGAAGGAGAAGGAGCGAGCCAAAGCUAAAGCCGUCGUGUCGGACUCUGAGUGCGGAGGUGGUUCUUUAAAGGGGACUCGAGUACAAAGUGCUUCAGAGAGCGGAGGAAGGCUCCAGGGGCUCAGACCCCCCGGCGCCAGCAAAGCCACAGAUCUACCGUCAUCCACCGCACACAGGUUGUCCGGAUCACGCAGCCUGACGAAGCCUCCGUCCGUUUCCCAUCUUGACAAGCUGAACUCCAACAACCUGGAGGUCAUCGGAGCUCAGGGUUCUUUGCCUCCGAAGGUUCCUCCUUACUCAAAGCUUCAAGAACCGGCCAGCUGCACGAGCCCCUGCCUCACGCCCAGCCCCGCCCCUUUGCUCAAUGUCAACUCUGCGGCCUGCUUCUCAGGCUCGGGGAUCGGCUCGGGGCCUCGGCAACUUACUUCUCUCGGGGUGGAGGGGAGCACCGGGAGCACGUCUCCCCUGCUCUACCCUCGAGUGUCCGGGCUGCAUCGCAGCAUGGAGUCCCUGCCUUUCCAGAUGAGCGUGGCGUCAGAGCUGCAGCAGAGAGGCCGCGAGAAGUUGCCCAGAGGCCACCGCUCGAGUGAGUCCGGAGACAAAGAUGGACUUGAGGACAGAGGCCAUCCCGCUAGCUGGAGCUCUGGAAGUCAAGUGUCCACGACAGAGACGAACAGUUCUCAGAGCGACAGAAACACUCUGCCAAAGAAAGGUUUAAGUUUGAGCACCGCCUCCCACGUCGAGUUUGACGGGAAGGAGAAAGGAGAGCGCAGACACUCUCGUUCUAUUCUGAGCACGACCGACUCGCUAACUCUUCCGAUGCUGUCGUCCUCGCCCACGUCCUUGCCCCGCUCCUCCAUCAACAGCGCAGUGCCAAGCCCGCUCGGCGGACCUCCGAGAAUGACUCGAUCCAACAGCAUCCCGACCCAAGACGCCUCCAUUGAGCUGUACGCAGCGUCCCCGCUCGGAAGCACGUUAUCGCUGGCCGAACGCCCCCGCAGUUUAGGGAUGGUUCGCUCCGGAUCCUUCCGGGACAAGGACAUGCGUGAUGAAGUUCACGGGUCUGUAAUGUCCCUGGCGUCCAACGCCUCGUCAAGCUACUCGUCGGUGAGUGGGAAUGCCAUUCAGUCGCAGGCGGAGGAAAGGAUACAGGGAGAGCAAAUCCGGAAGCUGAGGAGAGAAUUGGAGUCUUCUCAGGAAAAGGUGUCCAACCUGACCACACAGCUGUCAACAAAUGCGAAUCUGGUGGCCGCCUUUGAGCAAAGUCUCGCCCUGAUGACAACCCGACUGCAGAGUCUGUCGUUAAGUCAUGAACAGAAGGACACAGAGCUGAUGGAGUUGCGGGAGACCAUCGAAGCCCUCAAGGCCAAAAAUGAUGAAGCGCAGGCCGUCAUACACGGAGCCUUAAACCACCCAGACAGCGAGAAAGACUUGCGUAUCCGUCGACAGAACUCGUGUGAAAGCCUCGCCAGCCUCAACAGUCUGACCAGUUUGUCAAGCGUCGGCAGCUUGAAGGACCAGGAUGCCAAGAAGAAGAAGAAAAAGAGCUGGCUGAGAAGCUCCUUCAAUAAGGCCUUCAGCAUCAAGAAAGGCGCCAAAACCUGCUCAGACAUCGAAGAAAUUGUCACUCCCGACUCCUCGGCACCAAACUCUCCAAAGAUGCUGCACGAAGGAGCGGAAGCAGGAGAGAACCUGUCUUUGUCCCUCAAAACCUCCACGUCUGACAUCUCCUCUAAGAUUAUGGGGAUAACGGAGGAGGAAGAAGGUGACGAGAGAGCAGUGUCAGAGCUCCGCUCAGAACUCUGGGAAAAAGAGAGGGAGCUGACAGACAUCCGGCUGGAGGCUUUAAACUCCGCGCAUCAACUGGAGCAGCUCAGAGACGCCAUGGACAGCAUGGAGUCAACAGUGGAGAGCCUGAAGGAGGAGAACGACCACCUGAAAAUCGGAAGUCAGUUCCAUGUCGCGGCUUCUGGUCCCACCUCGUCCACCUCGCAGCCUUCGGGCUUGGCCUCCUUCUCGGGACCGUCGCUGAGGCAGCCCGUGUCCCUCAGCAAGUCCUUCAGCCUCAGUCUGAAUGACUGCAAAGGUCCAGAUGUGUCCCCGGGCAACAUGUUAAGUGUGUCGUCUCAGCCGGAGGAGGCGCACGCGCAAGUGCUGGUUCGCUUCACCGAUCACGCUGAGGAGCACAAACAGCCGCAAGAGCAUUACCUGGGCUCAGUGAUGAUCGGCGAGAGGACCGAAUGGGCCUAUCUGGACUCCAUGAUAGCCAAGACAUUCAGAGAGUACAUAACUCAGGUGGACCCAACAGCCAGUUUGGGCCUGAAUUGCGAUUCGCUACACACGUAUGAGCUGAACCACGGAGCGCUGAGGGUGAUAGGAGGAGACAAACCUCCCGCGUCACCUUAUCGAUGUCUGAGUGGCAGUCCGCCUCGCAUCUUUGUCACCUUGAAAGGUGUUGGCGAACAAAGUGCGGACGCUGUGGUGUUCGAGACCCUCAUUCCCAAGCCCAUGAUGCUGCACUACAUCAGCCUGCUGCUAAAGCACAGGCGCCUGGUCCUCUCCGGGCCCAGCGGCACGGGGAAGACUUACUUGGCUCAGCGUCUGGCCCGCUACCUCCUGCAGCGCAGCCGCAACGACUCGCCCGCGGCGGACGGCGAGCCCGCCCUCGUCUCCUUCAACAUGCAUCAACAGACGCAAAAGGAGCUGCACUCGUAUCUGUCCAAUAUAGCCAAUCGGAUCGACCGACAGAGCGCGGGGGAGCUCCCGCUGGUCGUGAUCAUCGACGACAUCGGCGACGCCCCCGCCGUCACCGAGCUCAUCAACGGAGCGCUCGCCUGCAAGUACCAUAAAUGUCCUUACGUUAUCGGAACGACGAAUCAGCCCGUCAAGAUGUCGUCCAACCACGGACUGCACCUCAGCUUCAGGAUGGUUCCGUUCUCUAAUAACGUGGAGCCGGCCAACGGCUUUCUGCUGCGGUACCUCCACCGGAAAGUUGUGGAAGCUUCCCAGAAGAAGGAGCACGACGCGUCGCAGCACCGGGACCUGCUCCGCGUUCUGGACUGGGUGCCGCAGCUCUGGUACCACCUCCACACGUUCUUGGAGAAACACAGCACAUCGGAUUUCCUCAUAGGCCCUUGCUUCUUCCUGUCGUGUCCCGUGUCGGUGGCCGAGUUCCGAAAGUGGUUCGUUGACCUGUGGAACCACUCCAUCAUACCGUACCUGCAGGAGGGAGCCAAGGACGGCAUCAAGGUGCACGGACAGAAGGCGGUGUGGGAGGAUCCCGUGGAGUGGGUGAGGGGGACCCUCCCUUGGCCCGGCGCACAGCAGGACCAGUCCAAACUCUAUCACCUACCUCCCCCAAGCAUCGGUCCGCACAGUGAGGUGAAGAAGCCCGCCAAAGACGCUCCUCCGCCCAGCGCGCUGGAGUCCGAUCCCCUGAUGAUCAUGCUGCUCAAGCUGCAGGAGUCGGCAAACAGCGUCGAGUCGCCAGAGCGGGAAGGCGGCCUGCGUCCACUCUGAGGAGAGACUCGGAUGGAUUGUUGUGACAAGUUAGUUCCACAAGCAUGACGAGCAGUCCAGAUCUACAUUUGUCCCCCUUCUGGAACUAUGGGUGCUUCCAUACUUCUUUCGAUGCCAAAAUUGCACUUUAUUUCCAAUGUGUGACAACUGGACUUGAGGAGGACACAUUCACGUGUUCCAGGAGAACCUUGCAGUUAAAGUGUACUACCGCUAGGUGGCAGCACCUCAGUGUUCCUUGCAUACGCUCCACAGUCUGGUUUUGGUGGUUUGUGCAUCAGCCUGAACCAGGAUUGUAAAUGCACAGAAGAUUCAAAAAUUAAUAAGUGCUUGUUUAUUUAAUCUGAUAAAACAGACAAUUGCUGUUGCUGUUUUAAACCCUUGUGUGUGUGUGUGUGUGUGUGUGUGUGUGUGUGUGUGUGUGUGCGCGUGUGCGUGUGAUAGAUGAGGAUGCAUUUUUUGUAAGAUUUUCUACCGACUCAUCUUCAGUAAUAAUCAACCAUGUGCAGCGAAUAUUGUCUGACUGCGUCGACCUAACGCGCCGUGGAGUCCCAAAACCGAACUAGUGCUUCCGUCCUUGCCGCUUCUUUCAUCAAAAAACAAAACAAAACAUCGCAAUCUGCACAUCAAGUAUUUAUCCCUCAUUACUCCUUUUUUUUUUUUUACACAAUGAUGAUAUUCCUUUGUCACACAUUAGCAACUGGAACGAUCUCCCUCCCUUGCAUAUGCUAAGCAUGAGCGAGAGCUCAGCUCUCGACUGUUCUGUGAGACGUAGAAGGACGAAAGAGCGAGCGGGCCCUCAAAGCUCUCCAUGUUUCUGCACAUAUGCUGUCUCAACGUUCUUUUAGUCUGCAGCCAAGGUGCUGAUGUAAAGUAGAGACGCGAUGCCUACGUCUGUCUGUGCCUGAAAGACCGAAUUGGCCUAACGCCGCCUUUGAGCUGCUCGAAUGCACCACUCCGAGGCCUCCAUUUUAAGGAAGUUAUCGCGGGAAGGAGCUCAUCACUUCGGCUCGCGUACGUCGAUGUCAGAUGGCUUGAAGUGCGGCGAUGGUGUGGACCUUUGCAUGGUCGUCAGUCGGAAAGCGCUGCUCGCAAGACAAGCGGGUGCCGUGUGAGUUCAUGGGUGUGUGUGAGUGCGCACGUUGGUUGGACAUACAGUCGUUCGAGAAGUCGAGAGAUGAAAUAAGGAUUGACAUUUUCCCGUGUUUCCCAAAGCUUUUAUUUUGAUUGGACCUAUCAUAUUUAUAAAAAAAAAUAAUAAUAAAUAAACUUUAAAAAAAAAACAGAAAUGGAUGGCUCCCUCUUUUCACCUUGUUUCUAUGACCUUUUUUCUUAUUGCAAAUGUUUCUAAAGAUUUAUUUGUCUUUUGUACACGACGUCACUGUUGUAAACACUGUUAAUAGUCAGCGCAUCUGUGACAACAAUCCCGAAAAAAGAGUGGAAAUGUAAAGAAAAUGCAAAAAGGAAGGAGCACUUGAUUUUCAAGCGAGCUGAAGUGUUUUGUCUCUGUAACCGCAUCACAUGUCUAACAUUGACAAUAAAGUCAUGCCAUUCGA